AUGUCAAAAAUGGGAUCGAACGUCAAAAUUUGCGUGCCUUUAGUUGCAAUCUUAGUAAUAGGGAUGAGCUGCAUGAUUUCAAGAGGAGUAAUGGCUCAAUCUAACUGCAUGAAUGCAUUUUUAAGCAUGUAUUCAUGUCUUAGCUAUGUAACAGGAUCAACUCCAAAAAACCCGCCGUCGAGCUCUUGCUGCUCCGCCCUUUCGGGGGUGCUGCAAUCUCAGCCCAGGUGCCUUUGCACCAUUGCUAAUGGAGGCGGUUCGUCGUUAGGAGUUCAAAUUAAUCAAACUCUUGCACUUGCGUUACCUGCUGCAUGCAACCUUAAAACUCCUCCUGUCAGUAGAUGUUAUGCUGGUAAUGGACCGGCAAUGUCUCCAAUCCCAAUGGGUACUCCAGUGGGCUCGCCAGAGGGUUCAUCUUUAGACGAGACUGCGGAUCCUCCAAUGCCAGGGCUCGAAGACAACUGGGAGUAGCAGUAGCUGAGUUUUCAUCUGGGUCUAAAGAAGUUUGUUACAUAAAUUAGCAAUACAUUUUAAUCUAAUUUCAUGUUAUGAUGUUAUGUUGUGGGAUUAUUUAUAUUGGUAAUUACUUGUGUACUGUUUCCGUUCAUUUCUGUGUUGUAUUUGCAAUGAACUCCAAAAGUUUGAAUUUAUGUGGUACUAUUACUAUUUAAUUUGUAAUUGAAAAUUGGUAGGUGUGAAAAUUAAUUUUGUCUACGUGGUGCCCUAUUUAAACAAUGUUCUCAAAGUUUUAGUAUCAUUAUUAU